CACUCCUGUGAGGCUUUUGAAGUGAUAACCCAGCACCUGUGUUUACCUAACCCUGCUAUUCUCUAGGCAGUCUUUUCAUUGUCUCAGCUAAAGGAUUUCCCCUCCAGAAUCAGCAGCUAAAUGAGAUCAUGAUUUUGGAAGGAACUGGCAGAAUGAGUAUCAGUUCCAGCAGCAAUCUACUCCACCAGCAGCCGUCCUGGACAGAGGGAUACCCAACAUGUAAUGUGUCUAGCAGUUUCUAUGGAACUCAGUGGCAUGAAAUUCAUCCUCAGUACUGGACUAAGUUCCAGGUUUGGGAAUGGCUACAACAUCUCCUUGAUACCAACCAGCUGGAUGCCAACUGCAUACCUUUCCAGGAAUUUGACAUCAAUGGUGAACAUCUGUGUAGCAUGAGCUUGCAAGAAUUCAUCCAGGCAGCUGGGACAGCAGGACAGCUUCUUUACUCCAACCUCCAGCAUCUAAAAUGGAAUGGUCAGUGUGGAAGUGAUAUGUACCAAUCACAUAAUGUCAUUGUUAAAACAGAACAAACAGAUCCAUCAUUAAUGGCAUUCUGGAAAGAAGAGAAUUAUCUGUAUGACAGUGGCUAUGGUAGUACCGUAGAUUUAUUGGAUAAUAAAACUUAUUGUCGUGCCCAGAUUUCUGCAACCAGUCUUAGUCAACAGUCUAUUGAGUCCUCUGAUGGAAAAAAAACACAAGAUCAUCCUCCAAAGUCCCAUGCAAAGAAGCACAAUCCUCGAGGGACUCACCUUUGGGAAUUUAUCCGAGAUAUUCUUCUAAAUCCUGAAAAAAACCCAGGUUUAAUAAAGUGGGAAGACCGGUCUGAAGGUGUCUUCCGGUUCUUAAAAUCUGAAGCCGUCGCUCAGCUGUGGGGAAAGAAGAAAAAUAAUAGCAGCAUGACUUAUGAGAAACUCAGCCGGGCUAUGAGAUACUACUAUAAAAGAGAAAUCUUGGAGCGUGUGGAUGGCCGAAGAUUAGUAUAUAAAUUUGGAAAGAAUGCCCGUGGCUGGAGAGAAAAUGAAAAUUAAAGAUAUCAACUAAUACAACAGUUAAAACUUCUGGACGUAAAUAUUUCAAAGACUGUUUUGUUUUAUUUAUAUACCAAAAUGGGGGAAAUUCUACUUUUAAUGGAAAGAAGGAACAUUAUCAUUAUUCAUGUUAAAAUUAUUUGAAGUAUGUCCUGUAUGGGGAAAAAAAGUACACAGUUUUCUGUGAAUUAUAAUAACAUUAUAGGAUUGUGAUUACUUUUCCCUUCUUGCAAAGUUUUUUUAAAAUGCAGGAGUAAUGUGAUUUAUGACAACGCUGUGAGCCAUGCACGUUAAAGGGAGGGGAAAAUCACAGGGCAUUAUACACUUUUUAUGAGCAAAGGAAUUUAGAAGAAGGCCGCCUGAUUUCUGCACAUGAGAAAAAUAAUUCCCAAUGUUAUUUAGCUCUCUGUAAAAACUUAUAUGUGAUUUGGAUCGUGUCUCUCAAGUGUGGCAUGUCUGUGGUGUAUGGGGUAUGAUACAGAUGCAUGCGUGCAUGUACCUGGAAGAUACCUGCCUCAUACAGUUAUCUCACAACAGUUGUACACUCUGGUGUGAAUUUUGCACUUAAGAUAUGAACUGUGCAUAGAUAAAAUAGUAGGCCUCUCUGAGCCAUGUGAUUUUGUUCUGUAAUUAACUGAGUUUUAAUUUCUGUUGGCCAAUAACAUUUAUUCCAUCACUCCUAUGAUUUUCUUAGUUGCAAUACUGCGAGCUUCCAGUUGCUUCAGUUAAUUUGUGUGAUGGCCUUAUCCUUGGCUUUACCUGGCAGUAACUGAAGCUGGGUGCAGAGACACUAUUAGGUGUUUAUGAGUGUUUCUUUGGAGAACCCAUGCAAAUCCCAGAUUCAUACCUUUCUUUAUCAGUACAAAUUUAAGACAUUAUCCUGCAGGAUGCCAAAGUGUCUGUUCCCUGCUGCCAAGUGCCCCCUGUUAACUCCACUGGGCACUCACCAUAUCCAAGGAUAAUGACACUAGAUUUUUAACUACUUUUGGGUGACUGAAAGAGGGAAUAUGUCAUAUUGAAUAAAGGCCAUAAGAAAGAGAUUCUGUUCUAACUCCCAAACUUAUUUAAGAGGGCCAAGUGUUCAGUUUUUUAUCUAGGAUCAGAUACAUCAAAGGUAACAAGAUCCAAGUAGAAAUGGAGAAGGUGUGUUUUCCAAUAACAUUUUAAAACAUUCGAGAUAAAAGAAGCAGGUGAUGAGCUAAACAAGCACUUGAAGUGCGCUGUUAGAAAGAAUGCAGACAAGAUCAUUUGGUGUGGGAUAAAUGAGAGGAGAGCAUCCCAAAUUCCCCGAGUCAAAUGCCCUGUGCUCCAAUUCCUUUGGGCUCCAGCUGGUAGGCCAAGGCUCCCAUGAAAAAGUGCUUUAAGAAAUCCACAGAGAAAUACAAAGCCCCUUUGCAUUUACAUUGUGAGUUCUCCUUGUUCUCCUCGGUAGUAAACAUAUCAUGCAGAGAGUGAAUGUGAUCCAUUAUUUCUCAAGGUAUAUCUGUGGUGAUUCUGAGGCCACAUUCAGAAAACAAGCUCCACUGACUCUCUCUACUGCUCUGAAUACAUCUUGUGCCAAAAAUUGUCAGGUAGUCAUUUUUUUGCACAUGUCCAGGGACACUGUCAGGAUUUCAGUCUUUGCUAUGCUCCCAUGAGUAUCCCUGGGCAUGCCUGACAUGGUUCUAAUAGCCACCACACAACUUUUUUUUUGGCAUGUAGCAUGUGAGCCGGACUGAAUGAGUGGGCCAAGCUUAUUUCUUGGCAGUAGUCUUGGGAUAGCUGCAGAAGUGGUAUAGACACUGUUAAUCAAAAUUUCUCUGCAAUGAAUCAAAACAUUCAGAAUGUGGGGGACUAAAGGAAAGGAAGGCAGUGGCACAGUAGGUCAUUUUGAUGGUUGGGGAGUGUGAGUCUAGGGGCCAAUUCAAGAUGAUGAGGGAAGUGAAAAAGAGAUCAAUUCCAAUCAACAUAGUUUAGAGAUGGGGAGUUUAUAAAAUCUUAUCAGUGAUGAGAGCAUGCCAAAAUGGUCACACUCGAACAGCAAUGGCCAUAUAGAUGCAAGAACUUUUGGAACAAGAGCAGGAAAAUAUUAAAUGGUUAAAUGUGUCCAGCCAAUAUCUUCCUCCACAGGAAUCCACUGUAUUUGAAUCCAAUCUGGCUUGAAAUCAAGUUAGAGUUCACAAAGAGGUAUGAGUGCAACCAAUUUCUGCUUUGAAAGGAAGAAUGUUGUAAAAGAGUAUAGAGAUGAAACCAAGAGAUAAGGAAGACUCAGUAUAAAAGCCAUCAAAUGUGCUUGGCAACACUUUGCAGACAAAAACAAGCUCCCAGUUUGUUACCUAUGCACGUAACACAUGUCAAAAAACACCACCUACUACACAACAUGUGCCAGGGCUGUCACCAUGAUUUAUCCAUACGUGACAAUUUUUGCUUUUUCAUAAGCUGGUUUGGGAGAUGUUUGCUUUAUUUACAAAUUGAGUCAUGAGACUUCAGAAUUCAAAGCAACCUUUUUCUUAGGACAUACCUUUCAUUUUCAGACUGAAUGUUUUUUCUAGCACUGAGUGUUUGGUUUUGCUCAGUUCAUUCAUGUCUUCUGUUUUUAAGUUUGAUAAGUAGUAUUCCAUCCUUUUUCUCCUGACGUGUAGUCCCUAUAACUAAUAACCACAGGGCUACUACCGCAGGGCUACUACUACCCUGGUACCUUUUAGUUGGUUCCAGAAACCCUCAGCAUCACACGAAGCCCUCCACUUCAUGCUGUUUGCCUUCUGGCAAUUUCUUUAGAUAAAGCAUACUUAGGAGACAGCUUCAUCCUAUUAAAGUAAAUGAGAAAAUUACUAUGGACUUAUAGAGGGCUCAGAUUUCACUUUUGCUCAUUCUUGGGAGGCAGUAGGUGCUUGGUAGCAAUACUGCUAUUGUACUCUGUCUCAGGUUAAAACACAUCUCACAGCAGCUGAUUGUAAUAAUGUUUUCGAGUUAUGUUUCUUCUCAACAAACUUCAUGGGAUAUAAAAACGAACUUGUAAUAUACUUUUGUUACCCCUUCAUUAUUUUCAGCAGCUAGACCUAUUUGGAAAUUCUUUGGGAUUCUUUACCACAAAGCAUGUGAAUUAUUAUUGUAAAUGAGUAUAUUUUAUAAAGUUGAACUUCACUUGGCAAAGACUUGUAUAGUAAAGAACUGUAUUUGAGAGAAUGAUUUAUCUUACAGUUCCUUCGCGGGCAUAUUUAUCAAUAGGUGAGGAUCAGGAAAGCAAAUAUUGUCCAUUAUUUUUAAGCUUUUCAGAGUGGGAAUUUAUCAUUUUUCUUUAUAGCUUGAAUGGGAACCAGCUGGCAUUUACUUUGCCUUACAAAUAUGUUAUCUUUUGCCUAAAACAGAUAAAGUGGAUUAUCUAAAAUUGUAAUUCUUGCCAAGUACAAAUGCAGCCAGGCAAAGGUGAACCUUUUUUCCAGUUCUAACCAAAGGGAGAUAAUGAAGAUAUUAAUGUUUAUGUAAAUUGCUAUUUAAAUGAAAAGCAUUUCUGAUUGCUCUUGUAUUUUGUAUUUCAAAGUCUGAGCAGUCACAUUUUAGAUGUAUAUUUUAGGUUAGCAGCUGCUGAACUGCUAACACCCUAUGUAUAUAUUUGUAUUGUACCAUAAUUUUUCAUAUAUACAAAGUCUUGAUAGGAAAAAUAUUAUACUAUAUUUGUAUAGCUGCCUGCAAAUCAAAUGUCAAAGGUGUUGUAAGCAUAAAGCUAUAUUUUGUGUAUGUUAUUAGAGCAAGUUGCUUAAAGAAACAUCCUGAAAACUGUACAUAUGUUAGUAAAUUGGAAAUACAUUACAGCAUUUAGCUACAUUUUCAUCUUUCUCUUUUCAGCAACUUGCUUAAUACCAGCUUCCCUUUUAUCCCACCUCAUUGUACAAAAUGUGGAAAAACACAGUAUGUGUUCAGGUAUUUUGGUGUUUGUAUUACUAAUCUCAGAAUAAAAAACAUAUGGA